AUGUUUGGGAUACCUUUUCCUGGAGCUUUUGGUCAGUUUGCUUUUUAAGAUGCAGAUUUUGAUGAUGAUUUUGAAGAUUAAUUUUAAUCUCAAGAUGUAGAUAAUAAAGAACUAUAUGAAAUAUUAGAAAUUGAACCUUAAUCAGAUUUAGCUACUGUUAAAUAAGCAUAUAAAAAUUUAGCGAAGAAAUAUCAUCCUGAUAGAAAAGGAGGAGAUUCAUAAAAAUUUUAAUUAAUUUAAAAAGCAAAUGAAGUUUUAUCAGAUCCUGAAAAAAAGAAAGUGUAUGAUAAAUAUGGAAAAAAAGGAUUACUUUAAUAAUUAAAUGUGAAGAGUAAUUAAUUCAAAAAGUGUGAGCCUUAUAAAGUUAAUCAUAAAAUAAGUCUUAGAGAUGUAGCUUUAGGUGCAUAUCAUAAAAAGAUCUUAAAUGAUAUCAAAAGAUCUUGUAAAGAAUGUUAAGGAUAUGGUGGUAAAUAAUCAGUAACAUGUACUUCAUGUAAAGGACAUAAAAUAGUUUAGAUGGUAGUUGAAGUUUAACCUGGAAUAAAUAUGUUAUAAUAAGCACCAUGUCCUGAUUGUAAAGGGUAUUUUAUAUAAUAUAUUAUUAUAGAAAAGGAAAGGCUAUAUCAAAAGAGGAUGAAUGUAAGAUAUGUAAAGGAUUAGGAAAUGUUGAGGAAAUGGUUGAAAUAGAAAUACCUAUUGAAAAGGGUGUUCCUGAUGGAUAUUGUGUUAAACUAUAUGGAAAAGGAAAUUCUAAAGUAUUCUAUUAAACUUAUCAUCAAUUUAGACUGGAUAUGAAACAGGAGAUAUUCAUGUUUAUCUUGAAAUUGAAUAAGAUCCUAAAUUUAUUCGAAAAGCAACUGAUUUAUUUUAUCAAUAGAUAAUAUCUUUAAAGGAAGCCUUAGUUGGUGUUAAUUUAGAAUUAUAAACUUUGGAUUCAAAGAUAAUUAACAUUACGACUGAUAAAGUAAUUAAACCUAAUUAAAUAUUAACUAUAAAAGAGAAAGGUUUACCAACAUUUAAAGAUGAACUUCAUUUUGGUGAUUUACAUAUCUAAUUUUAUAUCGAUUUCCCUAAAGAACUUGAUAAGGAUGUUAUUUAAAAAUUAGCACAAGUAUAUUUAUAAGAUAAUUUGAAGAUUUUGCCAGGGCCAUCUUUUACACCUAAAUUAAAUUGUAUUUAAUUAGAAGACUUUUCAAUUCAAGAUUUUGAAAAGCAUUAGGUAAAAAUUGAAGAAAAUGAUGAUGAUGAAUUAAAUGAAAAUGGAAUUGAUUGCUCAAUAUUUUGA